AUGGCACAUGUUGCUGAUGCCGACAGGGGCUUCCACAAGAUCCUUGUUCGGACAGUAGACACCGAUGUAGUUGUGUUAGCAGUAGCGACUGUUCAGCAGCUAGGAAGGAUAGACCUCUGGAUUGCAUUUGGAAGCGCAAAUAUCAAAGACACUUAUUUUUUUAAAAGUCACACCAACAUCCACGAUAUGAUGAAGGGAAAACUGGCUCCGAAAAAUCUUCAUCAAUUCUCUGAGAAUCUAUGUUACCAAUUUAAUAAGCAGAUAUCCAAGUUACCAUCGUCCGGGAAAGGGGACCUGAUGUUGAUGGUGAGACGUAUCAUGUUCGCGGCAGUUGUGAAUAAUCUAUUUGGUGAUGAGAUCUUGCCAACCACUGAUGACAAAAUAAAUGAGUUGGAAGAGACGUUUGUGAAGUAUGAUGAUGGGUUUGAGUAUGGUUCUCAGUUGCCCGAGAUGUUUAUGAGGUCUUGGACUCAGUGUAAAUACUGGUUGUUAUCAAUGUUCGAUGGUGUGGUGAAGAAGUUAGAGACUCAGACUCAGCAACUGGAAAAUAAGACUUUGUUACAGUCCUUAGUUAAUUUAGUUGACAAGGAAGUUGCUCCUAAUUACUCGUUAUUGUUACUGUGGGCAACGCAAGCUAAUGCUAUUCCGAUCACAUUUUGGACGCUAGCAUUUAUUUUAUCAAACAAAGAUAUUGAAGUUUCAUUGCGACAAGAAAUUGAUAGUGUCAUUGGUGACAGGAGAGGAGAAUUAAAGUUAACAGAAAAAGACUUGCAGAAGGUCCAGAUCAAAAGAGCCAUUCUGGAGGCAAUACGUCUUCGAUCACCGGGUGUUAUCACUAGGAAGGUCGUUAAGCCUUUUGCAAUAAGGGGUUUCACCGUUCCAGCGGGUGAUUUGUUAAUGUUGUCCCCAUUUUGGGCUCACAGAAAUGAAAAUCUUUUCCCAGAACCAGACUCGUUUAGCCCAGAUCGUUGGUUGAAAGCUGAUUUGGAGAAAAAUGUCUUUCUUGAUGGAUUUGUUGCAUUUGGAGGUGGAAGAUACCAAUGUCCCGGAAGAUGGUUUGCAUUGAUGGAGAUCCAUAUGUUAAUUGUGCUAAUGCUAUACAACUUUGAUAUUAAGUUGGUGGAUUGUGUACCAAAACAGAGUUCACUUCAUAUUGUUGGGUCCCAGCAACCUGAAGCCAAGUGUCAUAUUGUAUUCACUAAGAAGAAAUAAUAACAACUUAAUACAAGAUGAACUAUCGAUGAAUUUACUCACUGGGACAAUAGCCAAUGACGAAAUCUCCCAUAAUCACGUGUGUUCGUAACACUUCCAAUAUAUAAAUGCCAAUGUUAGACAGUUGAACACUGUAAUUGUUUUAAAGUGGAGGGGUCGUCACCUACGCACGUGUGGGAAUUGAGUCCAACCGACAAUAAC